AGAAAUUUUUAUGGAAUGGCACAAAACAAAUAUGACCUGUGCCUUGUUCCGACAAUUAACAACAACAAAACACGAAGACAACCAUGGUAUAGGGAAAGAUUGCAAACAGAGUUGACAAAACUAAGUAGGGUAGGAGCAGGGCCACGCAAAAAUGCUUGCAUUCUUGGAACGCACUGGUCUUUUCUUGUUGGAGGUUUGGAUGAUUUUCGAGACGGGUUACCUCCAGAUGAAAAUGCUGGUGUACUGCGCAAGGUACGUGUCGGCUCUAGAACAGUCCCUGGCAUGUCGGAUGUUUUCCCUCCUCUUCCACUUCCACUGAAGUCUAAAAAGCAGUUGAGCAAAUAUGACAAAUGCUUUGCCAAGUGCACACCUAACCAGCAUAAGAGAAGGAAUCGGAUUGAGGGCUUGGAGGAAGCUUUGCUGAGCCACCCCCUCGCACUGUAUCCACAGCUUGUUCAGGCAGUGGAACCGCGGGUAACGAUAAUCAUGAACAUAGAACUUUAUACAGUUUUUGAAGAUGUAGUCAACCUUCUGGAUCCAUCUAUGAACAAGCAGAAGGCUGAGGUGCUAAUGGCAGAGAAGAAUGUAGAAGCAACCAUCAACCAAUCUUCAAUCAGAAAACCGCUGCUUACCUCAUCAUUGGCCAAAUCUCAAGGCACAGCUACGGAUGAGAAGCGACCGCGUUGCUCAUACGUUCUUCCAAAGAGCACGUCGGAUGGAGCAGGAGGAGUGAGUGCAUCUGAUGUCGGACAACAGAACGAGCAGAUGCGCAGGUUAGCGCGGAAGUUUUACGAGCUGGUAAGGGACGUGGGACCGGGCAGCUAUUCCGUUGAGGAGCCGGCCGUACUCAACCUGUUCACGGGAGAGCUGGACAACAAGCCUGCGAUGACGUUCCCCAUCCACGUAGUGUCGACUAACAGCGUGCCGUCUGAGCUGAAGGCGGAGGCUGGCAUGUCACAGUAGUCAUAGACCAAGCUAAAGUCCUUAGCGCGAACAGUAGACCAACACAGGCGGCAGGUAAACCGACGGUAGGAUGGUCGCGCUACAACUACGGCAGCUGGUACCUAAAGCCGUCGCUUUGGAAGAAACGACCUAAGAAUGAACCUCUGGUAGAUGUCUACUCCCUGAACGAGAACAUGACGCAAGCGAAAAGCGCCAGCGGAGCGCUGAACCAAGAGUUGGCAAAACUGCACGGAUCCAAUGCAUUCAAGCGCUUUAUAGAGAAAAGCGGAAAAUACAACAUGCCCGAGAACCAAGAGUUGGCAAAACUGCACGGAUCCAAUGCAUUCAAGCGCUUUAUUAGUAGACAUUUAGGAAAGCGCCGGCUUCUCCACACUUAUUGUUUACAUUUAUAAUUUCCCAUGAGUCUGCAUGAGCUUCGCCGCACGGCGUAAGCAACCAAUAUAAAUUUCGCCAUAUUCGCCGGGUGAUAUAUUGGUGUCACCCGCCACCAGCUACCUGCGUCAUCCCUUAGGGACCGGAUUUGUUGACGUAGACGUUAGUAGAGAACG